UUCCUCCCGUUCUGAGGUGGUUUUACUAUGCAAAAGGUUUAAGGAUUCUUGCUAUUCAAGUACUGGAAGGCAAAGCUCACACUACUGGUGUCUAUAAUAGUCAUUUCAUAUCACUGCAGAAUGUAUUUUUCAAUACAAAUCAUUCAAAUGGCAAGCAUUACCUAAUUAUACGUAUUCACCUGAAGAAGGUUUGAACAAAAUUAAUAUAUACACAGCUUUAUUAGUCAACUUCCCCUGCUCUCCCUGCACAGCUUUAUCUCCCUAAUUUACACAAAACUCAUUAAGGAUGCUUCUAGAAAUUACACCCAAUUUUCAGAACUGUCAGAGCAUAAUUAAUGAACAGCUACAUGCUGCUGAAACUUUGAGACUAGAGGAAUAUACAAUUACAUCACAACUCUGUAUCCUUGAGAUCUUUCUCACACAUAUAAAGGCAAGUGAGUAUGUUUUCAGAUGGUCAAAGCAUAUUUCUGGUUUGGCAACUAGUGAGGGGGGAAACCUGUUAUGUAAGAUUUUAAAAGUAGUAGAGCACUGAUGGGUUUGGGCUUAUGAUACUGACACAAACUACCUCCUGCAAAAUUCUUCAGUUGCUGAGCAGACAAAUGUUUGGGAGUCAACCAAACCAGUAAUCUGAUAAUUGCAUGGUUGAAUUCUAUCUGAUGGAAUCAUGUAAACAUUUAACCAACAUAUAUAUGUCUUCUACCAGGAUGAUAAACAUAUUCAAUAUUCUCUGUGGCCAAAGGAUUUUAAUAAGUUUGGGGCAGGGGCGAGGAGAAAUCUCUAUCCAAAAGUUGCUGUCAGAGAAACUAACAUAAUACAAAGCAGACGAGUCUUAACCUGAUACAAGGCAACUCCUUACACUAAAUAUGGAGCAAUGCCAAUAUUUCUGUAAAGUAAAUAUCACCGCUGAUCCCAUGCAAGAAUCACCUUAAUAUAGAGAAUGAACAAUCAUAAGCUAAAAUCCUAAGCACAUAUGCAGACUAACACUGCAGCUUAAGAAUAAAUAGGAAAUUUUAUUAACCUCAAUAGGGAUUAGUCAAAAAGAGGGAAAAAUUACAUAAGAAGUCUCUGACAGCCAGUUAUCUUAUUAAGGUACAAACAUUAUUUUACGUCAUUCCAGAAUGCAUUAUUAAACUUAUCAUAUAUUCACUUCGAUUCACAGAAUUAAUAUUAGUGUCACACCUAAUAUUUAGGUAGCUCAUAUGCACAUCUAAGAGUCAGACUGAUGCUACAAUUUGGACAAAUGUAGGUUGCCAUGUUACAGCGCCUCAGGGUGGGAAAACCUGAACUACAGAAAUAUCCUCCAUGUUGAUUAAAGAUGUAAUCUUUUUUGCAUUUGGUUUACCACUUCUAAACAAAUGGUCUUAAUAGUAUCCUCAACACCUUAACUGAAACUGUUUACUAACCAAUCUCAAGUGACCGCAGAGCUUUCUGGUUGUAUUGUGUCAAUUCAUGUGAGCCUUUGAAACUUGCAAAAAUAAUUUCAGGACAGUAGUUGCAUAGAUAUGAUCCCUAAAUCAGCCACAUCUUUUCAUUUUCUUGAGUUAGCUGGUAAACAAUUUAAACCCAGAAAAAUCUACUUUUCGAUUUAGAAGAAAUUUUGACCACCACUACUUGUCAUACCCCCCUAAAGUUCCUCAUUCUACACAGUGAUUAUACCCUCAAUCCAAUACGCAAAUCCUUCAGAAUCCGCUUUGUAUUGCUGGAACUGCCAAGCGACGAAUAAACCCCUUACUGCUCCUACAUAUGUAAAGCAGCCCAAUGUGCUCAAAUGCGAUGAAUAUCUCACAGCAUGGAGAUCAUCUUUAACACCGUCAAGGUCCCACGCAUCAAGAUAAUUUUGAAAGCACAAUGACCAGGCCUAUAUGAGACGCUGGCAAACCCUAUGCAUUCAAUAGGAUUUCCUCUCGCUUAAGGAGACCAGCUACAAAAAUCAGAGCAGUCCUGAAUAUUUUUGCGUCAGUUGAUGAGCGUUUCCAUCUCUCUGAGCCGGCUCAUUUUCUGGAAGGGUAAUUUCACAGAGGGGGGAAGGAAAGCAACGGUGCAAUAUUAGCAGUCCUUGCUUGUCAUGCAUGCCACUGCUGCCUCUUCAGUUGGCUCCCCAGUUGCAAAAAGACUACCAAAAUAGGUCUAAUACCAAAACAGGACAAUUCUACCCUAUACGAAGUGUCCCAGAAACAACGCCUUGGUUUAUUUUGCCCGCCCAUGCCCCCCUCCUGAACUCGCACCUGGCCAUCACUUCCCUACUAAUCUUCCACGGCCACCAUUUUGUCGUCCCGCUGCUUGCUUUUGUCUGCUCGUCUCAAAGGACGACGACGGCGCGCGACGCGGGCGAUGACGCGCCAAUCUGCGCCAGCGCGUGCCCGCGGGGCUGUGACGCAUCAGCCCGGUCGACGGAGGCUGCCGCCGCGGCCGUCUUUUGCAGCUUGGCUGGCUGGCUGGCUGGCUUGCGUGCGUGCCAUGCUUCGACUCCGCCUCCCCAACGGCCUGCUGCCCCGACCGCGACGCAAGCGCAGUACGACCCGUCGCGGCCGAGCCGGGGGAGUCCGAGUUCAGCGUCGCGGCAGCGGGAGACAAAGCGCCUGGGCAAUGAAUGGGACGGGCCCGCUCGACUUUUCGCGUUAACCAGUUCGGCCCCGGCAGAGCAGCCCCGGAGGCGGCAACACUUUGGAGGGGAGAGUCCCAGAUCUGGAAAGGCUCUGAAAUGAAGCUGGAGAAGAUAGUUGUCAAGAUAGGAUUUCAUAGAACGCUGGCUUCCUUCUUCCAAUAAUCUUUUUUCAUGUGUGGUCUCAUUUAGAAUGAUGAAGUCAACAUGAUAAUGCGAGGAAAUCAUAAUAGAACUAAGAUGAGUAUAUGAACUUAUUGAGAAGAAAUGCAACCACUUCUGCUUAGCCUGCACUCUACAAUAUGAAACAUUUAGUACCAGCACCAUUCGGAAACAAUAUAUGACCUGGAGAUCUCAAGGUUCUGAUUGGGAAUAGGAUUCUAUGCAUUAAAAGUGCUUUUUCAAAAAUUCAUGUAACCUUUUCAUUAAACUACAAAGAUAUGUUCCUCACCUAUUCUUUCUGCCUGACCUAAGAAAUACAAUUUAAACCCAGUUCUAAAAUCUUCACUAGAUGAUGAAGACUCAGUAGAAAUAAUUGUGGUCAAUCAUGGAUACAAAUAGAGCAAAUUCUCCACAAAUUGAUGAUAAUUUUAUGAUGAGUAAAAUCAACAGUUUAAAAGUAGAGCCAGAAGAUGAUAGUAAUUGUGAAUUGGAAGCAAUGCAUAUAAAAACUGAGCAAGAAGAUUUAAGGCAGACAGACAGCAGUGAUGAACAAGAUGACAGAGAAAAGAAUUUCAUCCACAGCAAUUCAGGCAAAUACAUUUCUGCAGAAAAUGAAGAUGACUAUGGAUCUCUGUUUUCCCAGUACAGUAGCACUCUUUAUGAUGUAGCAAUGGAAGCUGUAACACAGAGCCUUCUUUCAGGUCGAAACAUAAGCUCUCGAAAAAAGUCACCUGCCUGGAACCAUUUUUUUAUAUCUCCUAGAGACAGCACUAAAGCAAUAUGUAUGUACUGUAUGAAAGAAUUUAGCAGGGGUAAAAAUGAAAAGGACCUGAGUACAAGUUGUCUAAUGAGGCAUGUGAGGAGAGCUCAUCCUACUGUACUUGUUCAGAAAAAUGGAAGCAUACCAACAAUAUCUUCCUUUUCGUCAUCUACUUUAUUAAUACUUCCUCAGCCUGCAGAAGUUGGAGAUUUGACCAGCGUAUUAGCUCCUGUAAAAUUACUUAAGAAAACAGUUUCGAAGAUCCCAUCCCCAGAUCAAAUAACUGAGGAACCUGUUCCUGUAGUUUCUUCUGAAGAAAUGCCUUCAGAUCUGUUACAUAAUGAAAACAGCAAUAAAGAAGAAGGUGGUGCUGGAUUAUCUCAACACUUACCAAAUAAUCAGUGUGAAGAAGUGGUGGAGAAUGUAACAGAAAAAACUGUUCAGAUCCCUAAAAGUACAUCAGGCUCUAGGAGAAGAUCUGCUGUCUGGAAACACUUUUAUUUAUCGCCUCUAGAUAACUCAAAAGCUGUUUGUAUACAUUGUAUGAAUGAAUUCAGUAGAGGAAAGAAUGGAAAAGAUCUUGGAACCAGUUGUUUAAUACGACACAUGUGGAGAGCCCAUCGUUCUAUUGUUUUGCAAGAGAAUGGAGGUGGCUCAAGCAUACCCCCUUUGUACUCUGCUCCUCCAACUCUAUUGCCACCUUUACUGCCAUCAGAAGGUGAUCCAAGUUCUGUGUCAUCUCCUGGUAAAAUUGUGAAAGAAGCAAUGUCUAUUUGUUCUUCUCCAGAUCAAGUGGCUGAAGAAAACAAUUCUAAUCUCCCUUUGGGCGAUACUUUCAUGGAGGACUCUUCAUUGGUGUCAUCAUCUGAAGAUAUAGCUGAAGCUUCGUUAGUUUCAUCCCCUGAAAAGAGCCCUUUGAUAUUUGAACAUGGCUCUGUUUUUCAUCAGAAUAAAAGAAUGAUGCGAAAGCUUAAGUCAGAAGUGUGGCACCAUUUUUCUUUGUCUCCAGGAGAUAGUCUAAAAGUUGUGUGUAGACAUUGCAGUUGUGUGAUAAAUCAUGGGAAAAAAGGUGAUUUAGGCACAAGCUGUUUAACAAGACACUUAUACAGACGUCAUCCUGAAAUCAUUGGGAUCCAAAAGAGCUUUAUUGAUGUUAGUUUAGCAAAUUCUCCUUAUGCUACCUUGGCUUCUGCAGAAUGUUCAUCUUCAAAAUUGACUGAUUUACCCACAAUGGUUACUAAUGAUACACAAGUUAUAUUUCCCAUAAGUAGCAAAAAGACCUCAAAACUGUGGAAUCAUUUUUCAAUUUGUUCUGCAGAUUCAACUAAAGUAAUAUGCAUGCACUGUGGACGUACCAUAAGUCGAGGGAAAAAGCCAACCAAUUUAGGUACCAGUUGCCUUCUAAGACAUUUACAACGGUUUCAUAACAAUGUGCUGAAACCAGAUGCUGCAGAGCCAGUAUUGUCCUCUUCUACAAAUAGUCAUGUUCCACUGAAUAAAGGUGUUUUAGGAGCUUCAUCUUUUGAAGAAACCAAUGACAAAUUUUCUGACACUCACCCUGUUGCCAAAAAAAUUACAAGUCUUGUAGCUGAAAUGAUUGCACUUGACCUUCAGCCAUAUUCUUUUGUAGACAAUAUUGGCUUUAAUCGAUUGCUUGAAUACUUGCAGCCUCAAUAUUCGUUGCCUUCACCAUCUUAUUUUUCUCAUACUGCAAUUCCAGAUAUGUAUGAUAGUGUGAAAGAAAUAAUUGUUUCAAAUCUUAAAGAAGCUGAAAGUGGAGUAGUGCAUUUUACCUCUGGAAUAUGGAUGAGCAACCAAACCAGGGAAUAUAUAACUCUGACUGCUCAUUGGGUGACGUUUGAGUCUAGGGUUCGACCACAGUGUGAAGAUUAUCAUUGUUCAGCUCUACUAAAUGUAUCACAGAUUGAUUGUGACUACAGUGGUAUCAGCGUUCAAAAGCAACUAGAAUAUUGGUGGGAAACGUGGGUAACAUCCAUUGGACUUCAGGUUGGGAUAACUGUUACAGAUAAUCAAACUAUAGAAAAAACUUUAAAUGAAGGGGAACAUUCAAGUGUGCAGUGUUUUGGUCACACCAUUAACCUCAUAGUGAAUGAAGCUAUUAAAAGCCAGAGAAUGGUUCAGAACCUGCUUAGUAUUGCAAGAAAGAUAUGUGAACGUGUUCAUCGGUCAGCAAAGGCAAAAGAGAAGCUGGCAGAGUUGCAGAAAGAAUAUCACUUGCCACAACAUCAGUUAAUUCAAGAUGUUCCAUCAAAGUGGAAUACCUCAUUCCAUAUGCUUGAACGCCUAAUUGAACAGAAAAGAGCUAUUGAUGAAAUGUCUAUAGAGUGCAGCUUCAGAGAGUUAAUAAGCUGUGAUCAGUGGGAAGUGAUGCAGUCUGUUUGUCAUGCACUCAAACCAUUUGAAGUUGCAAGCAGAGAGAUGAGUACUCAUAUGUCCACUUUAAGCCAAGUAAUUCCAAUGAUUCACAUACUCAACCGGAAAAUAGAACUACUGUUCGAAGAAACAAUGGGUAUAGAUACCAUGCUAAAGUCCUUAAAGGAAGCUAUGGUGAGUCGGCUGUCCUCCACUCUUCAGGAUCCAAGGUAUAUUUUUGCUACACUUUUGGAUCCUCGUUACAAGGCCUCCUUAUUCACUGAAGAGGAGGCAGAACAGUAUAAACAGGAUUUAAUCAGGGAGCUGGAAAUAUUAAAUGCUACCUCAGAUGAUGAUAAACCUGUUUCCAGUGACUGUGGUAUAGGUUCACCAUCUAAAAAUUCUUAUGGGGACAAUAAUCUUUGGUCACUUAUGGAAGAUAUGAAGAAAGCAAAAGUUCCAAAAGAAAAGGCAAAGUUGCCUGAAGAAAUGGUACUUUUAUAUUUGGAAGAAGAAGUGCUUGAGCAUAACUGUGAUCCUCUAACCUACUGGAACUUUAAGAAAUCAUCCUGGCCAGUACUGUCAAAGUUGGCUGUUCGAUUCCUGGGUUGUCCUCCAAGCAUUGUUCCAUCAGAGAGAUUGUUCAGUACAUCCAAUGAAAACAUCAGCUUUAGUCACUCAAGAUUGGCAAUGGAACACUUUGAAAAACUUAUAUUUUUGAAAGUUAAUCUUCCUUUGAUAUACUUCCAGUAUUGAAACUAAGAACAAAUUGUCAGUCUAAAAAUGUUGCUCACUGGAUACUUACUGUAUUUGUAAUUUGGAUUGUUAAAUUGCUCCAGUAGGGGCCAUGUAUGACAUCUUAUCAGUGACUGUAGUUCAAAAUUCAGUUUUAUUUUUUAGCUUUCUAUAUGUCUACAUGUGCCUUAUUAAUAGUCAUUCAGGCCAGAUAAUGUACAUACAUGUUUUUUUUAAAAAAAAUAAUUUUAGAGUUAGACUUGUCUUUGUUCCAAUUAUUAAAAAAGUAGCUUUUAAUUGAGAAUUGUAAAUGAAAUUUUGAAGCUGUUUGAAUAGAAUGGCAAAGAAGAGAUGUAAACAGUUCUAUUACGUAGUUUUUUAUUCAAUUAUGUAAAAACCAGGUACUGUAUAUUAGCUGAACAUUGCUUUAAUUGCAAGGACCAUUUUGUAGCUAUCAGAAGAAAGCUGUAUAUAAAGGUGGGAUUGAAGCCAUCUUUCUACUUAGCAGGUUUUAACUGCAACUGAAAUAUACUUAAAAGAAUAAUGGUAAUAUUCAAGUAUGUUGUAUGUACUAAGGGUGACUAUUGAUUUAGUAUUUGACUAAACUGAACUUAGCGGUAUCAUGGAAUAUCAGUUAUAUGGUGACCUGUAACUUUGCUGUUAAGUGGUCCCUCUUCAGGUUUUUUACACUGUAUGGAUUAGAGCUUGAGUAUUUAUAAAGUCUUUGGGAUGUUUUAUUUUCAAAUUUUUCCAAAUGAUGUUAGUUAUUUAACGCAGUGUAUUAAAAAGUAAAAUAUAAAGAGUAGGCAUUUGGCUAAAGCCUUUUAAGAUUGAGUGCAUCAAAGCAUCCACUCCUCUAUGGUGUAAAAAUUGAAUCCUGGUUUCCCCUGUAAUUGAAAACUGUGUAUGUCAUCCUCUUGCAUUCCCAUUACAAGAAGCUGAUUCUCAGUUAAUACUCUUUAUAGAUUGGUGCCCUGCUUAGAAUGUUAUAUAGUAGAAUUGACCCAUAAUUGACAGUGUCCAUCAGACAAAUGAGAUAUUGUAGAAAACUUUUCAACCUCAAGCUGAGGUAAGAAUAGCCAGCAUUUUAAUGGUAAACAAGUACACUCUUCACAUUUAAAACAUUUUUUUAAAGAUUCAUUUUCUCUUUUUUGUGUGUUGCUGAAAUUCUUUGGGGAAAUAAGUUAACUAUGACCUUUAGGAAAUAUGUAGUUUUGUUAAAAUACUGUACCUCUGCUGAAUUUUUGCAUUUACUAUGUUUUAGUGUAUUUAUAAAUGGUGAACUCACUUUCUGAAAUUAAACAUCUUAUUUGCAAUUUUUA